GCUGAGAUAGAGUAUUAGAGUGAAACGCGCGGCCAUCGUAGCCAAGGAUCAAGAAAACGUACAUAUUUAGGAAGUUUUAUUUUUGCAUAUAGGCGGAUUUUUACGUUUUGAGUUGACACGUGUUAUCUCAGAAUGGCAAAAUCGGCGUAUGGAGGAAAAAGCUUGUUACAUAACUGGGUAGAAGAGAGGGCAACAGCUUCUUUAGAUAGUGAGGCUUCCUCAAAGACUCCAUUAGAAGCCAAGGCACAUAAACAUGGACACAAGGGCAUCCUAUCUGUAGAUGUGACAUCAAAAUUUUCAAACACUACAACUGUGAAAGAAGAAUACACCCCUCCCAAAGGACAGCAAGUACGAAUGAUGGGUGCGAGAACAGAAUUCUUAGCUAAUCAGCUAUAUCAAACUAUCAGCAAAGAAGUCCAGGAGGAGAGCAACCGACCCCCUUCACCAGUGGAACUUGUAUCAACGGCAAGAUGUGAUUAUAAGAUUGAGGGCUUUCAGUCUGUCCCACCACCCUCAAAAAAAACACAUGAUUAUAAAUCUGAACAGGCGAUCACUUACUGGUCUGAAAAUUAUAGAAAUGUGCAGGGUGUAACAGCUGCUCGCUCGAAGGAUAAUCCAUUUAAGAAGAACACAUCUUUCAGCAAACCCAUCAGUGAAAGUCUAGAUAAUCCUGCGCCCUAUGAGCUGGAAAAGUAUCCUAAUUUAUAGGCUCUUUGACACAUUUUUGCAGAUAUUUUUAUAUUAUUGCUUUGUAUUCCUGG